AUCCAAAAACGCAUUAUGCUGCUAUAAAAAAUAAUUCAAAUUAAAAGAAAAAUAUCACCACCGCAUCAGAUUUUAUUUAAUAUUUACUGAACUACCAUGUCCAUACUAUCAUUCUCACGUGUAAAAAUUUUAUUCGGAAUGGGUAUAAUCUGCUUACUGGUGCAGUGUUUAUAUUUUGUCAACUAUUACAAUCUGAUUUCUACUAAACAACAAUAUGUUCCAUCAACCAAACUUGAGCUAAAAUCUCACGCCAACUUCUCUGAUAAUCAGACUAUGGUUGAUAAUAAAAAUCAAACCACUAUAUUGAAAAACAAUAACGUUAAUCUCGUCAAUUUCUCGUUGUGUCCACAAAUACUACCUGCCAUAGAUGAAAAUGUUAACUUGCUUGUACCUGAUCGGGUGAAUUUGGAAGAUGUGGCGCUACAGUUAUCACGGUUGAGGAUUUUAAAAGGAGGUCACCAAAUGCCCAUAGACUGCGAAGCGAGACACAAAAUUGCAAUCUUAGUGCCUUAUAGAAAUCGAAUGGAUAACCUCUGCUCGUUCCUUUUAAAUUUACAUCCAUUUUUAACAAAACAAAAAUUGGAUUACACUAUUUUUGUCAUAGAACAGUUGAACGAUAAAAAAUUUAACCGAGGCAAGUUAUUGAACGUUGGGUAUACAGAAGCAUUAAAGUUAAACAAUUUUGAUUGUUUCUUUUUACAUGACGUAGACCUCAUACCAAUGAAUAACAAUAACAUGUAUAUUUGUUCGGAUCGACCAAGACAUAUGGCAACAGCGAAUAAUAAAUAUGGAGGCAGAAUGCCGUACGAGGAUUACUUUGGUGGAGUGGUGGGCAUAAAUCGAACGCAAUUUGAGUUGGUCAACGGAUUCAGCAAUAUGUACUGGGGAUGGGGUGGUGAAGAUGACGACUUUUUGUUACGGAUCAAAUAUCACAAACUAGAAUAUACCAGUCUGCCACUGGACGUGGGACGCUAUCAUUCAUUGUCACACUCUAUACAAAACCCCAACCCUAAAAGGUACAGUCUCCUUCACAACAGCUUUCACCGUUUCAAUACGGAUGGACUUAAUAGACUCAAUUAUGUAAUAAAAUCUCUGAAGAUAUUACCACUAUUCACUCAUUUUCUGGUGGAUCUAGACGAGUAGCACAACUGAUAGAAUAUAAUGAAAUUUACUGGCCAUAAUCUAACUUCAAUCUCAUACCCACACUCUUCUUCUAUUCAUCGCGUUCUCUCCAGAUAGACACAAAAUAUCGUUUUUAGGUAUUUAAUAAAAAAAAAUAAAUAAAAUUACAAUAUAAAGUAUGCAUAAUUGAACUAUACCAUA